UUAUAAAUCUUCCUCUUCUCCAUACUCAUCUCACUAUCUCAGAAACCAAACAAACAUCUCUCAUUCUCUCGGUAGUUGCUCUCUAGUUUUCAAGUAUGGGUAAAGAUAUAGAACCAAGUCAUGAGCAGGGAGGAGGAUAUUCAGCAAAAGAUUACCAUGAUCCACCACCAGCACCAUUUUUGGGUAUUGAAGAACUAACGAAAUGGUCAUUUUACAGAGCUUUGAUAGCUGAGUUUAUUGCUACUCUUUUGUUUCUUUACAUUACUGUUUUGACCGUUAUUGGUUACAAGAGCCAAAUUGCUGGUGGUGAUGACUGUGGUGGUGUUGGUAUUCUUGGUAUUGCUUGGGCUUUUGGUGGUAUGAUCUUCGUUCUUGUUUACUGCACUGCCGGUAUCUCUGGAGGACACAUUAACCCAGCAGUAACAUUUGGGUUGUUCUUGGCAAGAAAAGUAUCACUAAUUGGGGCAGUAUUGUACAUGGUAGCUCAGUGUUUAGGUGCAAUCUGUGGGGUUGGCUUAGUUAAAGCCUUCCAGAAAUCUUACUACGUUCGAUUCGGAGGUGGAGCCAACGAACUAAGCGAUGGAUACAGCACAGGAACAGGAUUAGCUGCUGAAAUCAUCGGUACAUUCGUUCUUGUCUACACCGUCUUCUCAGCCACUGACCCAAAGAGAAGCGCCAGAGACUCCCACAUCCCGGUUUUGGCACCUCUACCAAUCGGAUUUGCUGUGUUCAUGGUACAUCUCGCAACUAUCCCCAUUACUGGAACUGGUAUUAACCCAGCUAGAAGUUUCGGAGCUGCUGUGAUUUACAACAAAAACAAAGCUUGGGAUGAUCAGUGGAUAUUCUGGGUGGGACCAUUCAUUGGAGCUGCCAUUGCUGCAUUUUACCAUCAGUUCAUUCUCAGGGCUGCAGCUGUUAAGGCUCUUGGGUCCUUCAGAAGCAAUGCCCACAACUAAAUUUCCUUUUAUGGCAGUGUUUUGUGAGAGAGAUGAAAAUUAAUGAAGGCAAGAGAGUGAGAAAGGCUUGAAGAGUCCUUUUAGUGGAACUGUAGAUAUGAAUCAUUUGGAAAAGAGGAAGAAAAGGAAGGGCGUUAUUGAUUAAUUCUCGGGACAUUUUGACUCUGGGUCCCGUAAAAUGGUAUACCUUUGCAUUUGGAGCCUAACUUUGUCCAGCUUUGAGUUUGGGUCCCGGUCAAAGAUUGACUAUUCUUAACCAUCCAACAAUCAGUUAAAUAUGAGAUAUUUUAACAAAAAUAAAACGUUUUCGUUAGUCAUUUCACUGUCUUGGAUAACUUGGUAGAGUUAGUAAAUAAAUAAAAAGUAAUAUUUUCGUUAAAAUAACCCAUAUUUAACUGAUUGUUGGAUGAUCACGAAUAUUCAACCUUUGACCGGGACCCAAACUCAAAGCUGGACAAAGUUAGGUUCCAAAUACAAAGGUAUACCAUUUUAUGGGACCCAAAAUCAAAAUAUCCCUUAAUUCUCUCUUCACUCCUUUGUGUUUCAUUUCAAUUAGUUAUCUCUCUUUUGGUAAUUUAAUGUAUGUAUCUAUUUAUGUUGGUGUUGUGAUCUUUUUAUUUUCGUACUUUGUUAAUCAAUGAUGAGUUCCA